AUGAAAGGAAAUGACAACGACUGUAACGCUGCGGACCCGGAGGUAUCUCAACUUGUCAUUCCUCCAGAACUCGAAAGGGCUCUUCAUGCACAUCAAAUAUCUGCGCUUCACUUCAUGUGGAGGAAACUUGUUGACAACGGCAUAGAACGUGUUAUUCGUCAGAGCCGUGGUGCACCACUAACUGACCGUGUGAGGUUGUAUCAAGAAGUGUUUGGUUGCAUUGUUGGUCACUCAAUGGGAUUGGGAAAAACCAUCACUGCGCUCAGUUUCUUGUUAUUACUGCAAAAACACUACGCAACAUCUGACAAUGUAAGUAGUAAGCACAAAGUCACCGAUUCCUCUGAGGCUAGUGAAGACGAAGAUACAGCCGGGGCACCCGUCACCGCUUCAUGUAUUCGCGUGCUUGUGUUAACACCGCGCAGUUGCACGUACCAUUGGCAAAGUAGUGCUGAGCAGUGGAUGAGUUCCAGUCUUUUCGGAGGCACGCAACUACCUUUGUACGUACCGCUCGGCAACAGUGCUACAGACGCCCUCGUGUUAAAACAUUACCACGAAGGUGGUGCUCUGCUUCUUGGAUAUGAGGAGUAUAAUAAACUCGUAUCCCGAGCGAGGGAAGUAGCUGGUGGUGGUCAGUCCUAUUCUCGUGUUCAUUCCAUUUUUGACCGUAGUCGACCACCUCUACCGCUUACACGCCAAGUUGUCAUGUCAGAAAUGUUGGAAAGUUUUGAUGUGGUUGUCUUUGAUGAGUCGCAUCGUUUUAAACGUCCCAAGUCGAGGCUUGUGACGGCACUCAAACAGUCUUUGCACGCUGUGCAACUGCGUAUCGCACUGACGGGGACUCCGCUACAGAAUCACCUUGAAGAAUACGGCGUCAUGCAUUCAGUAGUGACAGGUGGUGCUUUCGAUUUGGCUCCGUUUCGUCGUCUCUUCGCCAUACCCAUUGAGCGAGGCCAAUGUGCCGAUUCCACAUAUGAACAAUAUUUGGAGAUGCAAAAAUGUGUCGCUUCACUUCGGCGGUUCUUUUCCACUACUGUGCACCCGUGCGGGCCGGAGGUACUGAAGCGUGACCUUCCAGAACGGCGCGAGUACCUCAUUCUUGUGGGGUUAUCACCUCAGCAGGAGGACGCAUACCGCUCUCUCUUGAGGCAGUUCUUUCCUGAUAUGAAUAAGGGCGUAAUAUUAAACCUGCAUCACAAGGCUUCACACAUAUGUUGUCAUGCGAUGAUGGACAACCAACUUGUGCAGGUACUCUGCCAGAGUGUAUAUGUUGAUGAGAAUGGACGAGAAACCCAUAGCAACUUAGGGGCGGGAAGGGGUGUUCAAACUCCUGGGAAAGAUAGUGUUACUGAUGACUGUGACAGCGAAUCAAGGGAAAGUUCUCGGGAUGAGUCAGAAUUUAGUGGCGAUAUAAGCAGUUCCUCUUCGUCGACGUCUUCUAGUGCUAGUGACUUGAAAGGACAAUCACAGGCAAAUACGUCAAAGGAAAAUGCUUCCGUAGAUAUUUGGCUCAAAAGGUUGCGAAUUGACGAAUCCCCGAAACUUAACCUGACGCUUUCCCUUCUUCGCUACAUUAGUGAGGAUCUUCGCGAAAAGGUGGUGCUCUUUUCCACUUACAAGAGCCACUUGUAUCUUCUCAUGUUUCUCCUAAGACAAAGAGGUGUCGUUUCUGAGGUUUUACAUGGAGGCGUUGAGGUUAAGGAACGUCAGCUGAUCAUUGACCGCUUUUCGGUCGAUCCAUCGCUGCGUGUGUUGUUGUGCUCAACAAAGGCACUUGGUGUGGGUAUCAACCUGGUCGCAGCUAAUCACUGCAUUCUUUUUGAUGUGAGUUGGAACCCAAGUGAUGACACCCAGGCAACUUAUCGUCUCUACCGCUAUGGCCAACGUCGGCCAGUAACAAUUUAUCGUAUCGCUACAGAGGGAACUUUCGAGCAUGUUGUGUUCUUUUACGCUCUGAGUAAAUCGUGGAUCCACAAAAAGAUUGUUGAUGUAUCCGAUCCCGCUCGGUACGAUCGCCACGUAAAAGAAAAUUAUUUCAUCUAUCCUUGUCCACUUCCCGUUGAUUUUGAACAAGUCGAUGGAAAACCUGAGGUUCGUACUAAACUUCCAAACGGUGAGGCGCUGCAGAAAAAAUGGCGGGAUUACGCUUCCCUUCACUGCCCCUCUUUACUCCAUACCGCACGAGACGGCACGUUUGCGUGGAUUAGGGCGAUUACGGAGUAUUCCUUUUUGGUGCGUGACAGCACUGAGGAGGCCAUAAGGGAGAUGGGAUUGCGAUUUGAGGCGGAAAGGCGAAAACCUUUGAUGCCCGUUGUGAUUGAAAAAGUAAUGGGAGGAAGUCGGCCUGUGCAGGAGAAAACGGGGAACACCAUGCAACGUUGUGAACCAUCCCUACAGGUAUGUUUAAGCGGAUGCGCUGAUCAACUGGUGUCGAUGGCCAGCCAGGGGCAAGCUCAUCAUGAAGAAGUCCAGCGGCAUGUGGCAGACGUAAGCAAACAAGAAAUGGAGAAAAGACUCACUUGUCUUCUCGCAAAGGUGCUCGGUGUUCCUGAGCCAGCUGGAGGAUUAGUUGAAGUGGUCACACUUAUCUUCCAUUUAGGUGUAGAUCACGUUAUGCAGGAAACACUUAACAAAGCACCUUACGCGAAGCUACGUUCAGUUCUCAACGCUAGAGUUCUAAAUAGCAAAUUAUCGGAAAAAUCACUACAAAACUCACUGAAAUUUAAGCCGUUCACUCUCUUCGCCAUCAUGGCACCAACUGAGGUGACAUACACCUUAACAGAGUUAGGUUUCAACAGACCAUUUGCCCCUCAUUGUACACUUGUUGGUGUGCGUUGCGCUCUACGGAGCAACAAUAUAUCUCGUGAUACGCUUCAAGAGCUGUACAAUCUUUUGGCUUCUGCAAGCGCCGACGUUAAUAUUGGAACUGGUGAUGCCGUAACAGCGGCAGAUGUUGAAGCUGUGAUGCUGAAGUGCAUGGAAAGUUAUUGGCCACCGUACGCCGGAAUGGCACUGCCUGCUCCUACAAAGGGCGCAGAACAGAGACGCAGCCUUGCGGAGCGCGCCUUACGAGUAGCGGGGGAGCAUACAACCGGUUUUGUGCUGCCGAGGGAAGCAGCGCGAUAUGUUGGAAUAUCUCCUUUAACUGACCGGUGUGAUGUUUACCAGUGUCAGCGGUGCAAUGAUGGAUUGAUGGAGCGUAUGCUACCUGAAUAUGUGCUGAAAUGCGGUCGUUGUCACUACAAUGCAGAAUUUGACUUACAGUCGCAACCUGAGACGCACCACGCAUGUGCAGUGUAUCAGUUUUCCGUUGUCUGUGGAUUGUUAGAUGCUUUUUCACAUUUUGAGAGCCUGAAGAAGGCAUUUGUGCCUUUAGAGUGUCGGGGCGUGCUGCACGCUCUGAGGCGACUCCGUCAGUUGUCGAAGGUAUACACUCCAAAAGAGUUUAUUUCCAGUGUGCUGCGUUUUGGAGUGGAGAGUUUUUUGCAGGAGUUGCCAGAGCCGACGCUUGGUCUUCUGCGCUUACAAUGCGGGGCUAAAGAUGUUGAUACUUUGAAGGAUAUCCUCUUAUCGGAUUCCAGUUUCGCAUUGUCCAACUGUGUUCACACGCAUGUGCGGCAGAUGCUGAUAAACUGGUUGAAGUCGAACACAGUAGCAAGUAGUGGGAUGCACAUUGUUACAAUGCCGGAGGCGCUUAUUAUACUGGCACUUCAGCUCUUAGGUAAAAGAUACAAGGGGGAGAAUGGAUUUGCCAAAGAUGUACUCUCUGAGGCACAAAGCGGUAAUCUUUGCGGUAACGCGGCGUUGCUGCGGUUCGUAUGUGACGCAGUUGUGAAGCUCAAAUACAUCGAGCGGUUGUUGGAACGCCCUCUCACACGUGCAACUUUAGACGCUUUUAUGAUGGACUACGCAACGCCUAGCGGCGGAAGUAGUGAAAGUGAGGGUAGCAAACCUGACGAGCAGUUGAACGGACAGGAGAAGUCUGAUGAUGAGGAAUCAAAAGUGGACGAAGAAGAUGAGGAAAUGCAUUCGCUCUCGACAAACAGUGCUUCUUCCCCCUCAUUUCGUCCUGACUCGAGGAAACGGCAGCGCUCUCCUUCCCUUUGCAUGUCCGAGGCCACCGUCUUGUCAACAGUGCAGUCAUCCUCCUAUUCAUCAUGUUAUCCUGGAGGUGAAUCGUUGGAGACAUCUGUCAGUGAAGAUCGGGCGGAGUCCGUCGCCUACGAAGCAAUGGAGGAAGGUGACAUACAGAUGGUGCGAUCUGCUCACUUCUGGGCAUCACACUGUGAAGUAUAUGGAAUCAGCAGCACGGAGACCCAUACUAUUCAAAUAGACGGUGAAGGAUGUACUGCGAAUGUGCUACAUCCACCUCCUAACAGCUUCUGGGCACGUGAAGUCCAUGGAGCAACACACGACGGAAUGCGGAUAUCCAGUGUGAUUGAUCUGUUUCUUGAGAAAUUAUUCGUAUUAUCUGCUUCGGUGCGCGUCAUCAAGUAG